UAAGAGGUGGUUUGGGUGCUGCUGAAGGUCAUUGUCUCAAUUUGUCUGGUGUUUGCAGAAGAGAUGUCUGCAAAGUAGUAGAAGAUCAAAUUGGUGCCUGCCGAAGAAGGAUGAAGUGCUGUAGAGCAUGGUGGAUUUUAAUGCCAAUUCCAACACCACUUAUCAUGUCAGAUUAUCAAGAACCCCUUAAACCUAAGUUGAAAUGA